GCGGCCGGAGCCCGGGACGGAGCGGAACGGAACGGAACGGGACGGGACGGGACGGGGGGUGAGGGGAGGCCUUGGCCGACCCUGAAGGAUUUUGUUUCUCCAUAAGCAACUGAAGCACAGAGGUUCCCAUCAUGGAUUUCCAGCACCGUCCUGGAGGGAAAACUGGAAGCGGAGGCGUAGCCUCAGCCUCGGAGAGCAACCGAGACCGCAGGGAGCGGCUCCGGCAGCUGGCGCUGGAAACCAUCGACAUCAACAAGGACCCUUACUUUAUGAAAAACCACCUGGGCUCUUACGAAUGCAAGCUUUGCCUGACGCUGCACAACAACGAGGGAAGUUACUUAGCACAUACCCAGGGGAAGAAGCAUCAGACUAAUUUGGCCCGUCGAGCUGCCAAGGAAGCCAAGGAAGCCCCGGCCCAGCCCGCGCCGGAGAAGGUCAAAGUGGAAGUGAAGAAGUUUGUGAAGAUCGGCCGGCCGGGUUACAAAGUGACCAAACAGAGAGAUCCAGAAACAGGCCAGCAGAGCCUUCUCUUCCAGAUCGAUUACCCCGAGAUCGCAGAGAGCAUCAUGCCCCGGCACCGCUUCAUGUCGGCGUACGAGCAGCGCAUCGAGCCGCCCGACCGGCGCUGGCAGUACCUGCUCAUGGCAGCCGAGCCCUACGAGACCAUCGCCUUCAAGGUGCCAAGCAGAGAAAUCGACAAAGCAGAGGGAAAGUUUUGGACCCACUGGAACAGGGAAACCAAACAGUUCUUCCUUCAGUUCCACUUCAAGAUGGAGAAGCCCCCAGCUCCCCCAAACCUCCCUCCAGGGCCCCCGACCGUCAAGCGGCCGCCGCCGCCGCCGCUGAUGAACGGGCUGCCCCCGCGGCCCCCCCUGCCCGACACCAUGCCCCCCCCUCCCCCUGGGGGCAUGACCCUGCCCCCCAUGCCUCCCUCGGGGCCCGUGCCACCCCCUCCAGUGCCACCUCAGCUGCCACCAGCCCCCGGGGUGCCCCCCCCGGCUCCUCUGCCGCCCAUGAUGAGGCCGCCCCUGCCCACCGAGGGCCCGGGCACCAUCCCCCCUCCGCCUCCCUCCAACUGAAGCCCGUCCCGACUCGUCCCGCUGGACUCCUUCAGCUUCUGCCUUUUUGUACACAGACCACGGCUGGCUCAGAGGAAGGUUUGUUUUAUACACCUGGGAGUUUGAUUUACCCUGUAGGUUCAUUAAAACCUUUCCAUUUUCCUUC